UUGAUUGAACACAUGCCGCUGUAGCAGAGUAGUGCUUGCUGUCUGACUCUCGCUCCGUUACAUUUUUUCAUAAUAUCUUGAUUUAUAAUAUGGCUUUUGACCUGUCCUCAGCCAGUGCAUCUGCAAAUGCUGAGGCCUCGGAACUUCAGAGGAUGAUAGCAGUCGAGCAACAGAAAGCUCAGUUUCAAGCACAGGUGCACACCUUCACCGACGUGUGCUGGGACAAAUGCAUGGACAAGCCGAGCAGCAAGCUGGACUCCCGGACGGAGACGUGCCUGGCUAGCUGUGUAGAGCGCUUCAUUGACACCACCCUCACCAUCACAAACCGCUUUACUCAUAUGGCGCAGAAAGGGGGCAUGCAUUGACUCAACUCAACACUCAACAGGGACAAGAUGAAGAAAGGGGUUAUGCAUUGAUUCAUUCAGUCAUUGAGCCAGACUUUCAUCAUAGUAGGCUUGUUAGAUUUAACUCAACACUUCAGGGACAAGAUCAAAGGACCUGUGCAACGAUUAUCAUCCAGAAAUGGUGUGUUCUCUUGGACUCUGUGCUAUUGACAACAAUUGUCCAAUGACUAUGCUGAUCUAUUUUAAUUUUUAUUAUGUUAUUUGGCAGGGACAAAGCACAACAAAAACAUAUUUCUCGUAGCACUGAGAAAUGAUGUUGCACCAGAUUUAGCUAAAAGCUACUUUCCAUCUGUAGUCCCCAGGCAGGUGAACAUGUAAACAUUAUAUACAAAACAGACAACAUAAAUACAUCAGACAUAAAAAAACCAGAGAUUAGGACAUAGAUACAUUUUUAACACAGAAGUCAACACAUUGCCCAUAGAAACACAUUGCUGUUGGAUAAAAAGUGUAAUCUGUAAUGAUGCAGGCCUAUUGACUUUGUACAUCACGUUGUUACAGAGUUCUAAUGUGAGAUCUGUAAUGGUAUUCAUUGCUCUGCUUUGAACAUGUCAAUAAAAGGAAUAGCCUAAUGAGCAAAUAGCCA